AUGGCCGGCUCUGAUCUCCUCCGCCCAGAUCCAGCCACAGGGCUGGCCAUCGUGAUCAUGGGAGUCAGCGGCUGCGGCAAAUCGACCGUGGCGGCGAUGCUCGCCGACGCGCUGGGCUGCGGCUUCGUCGAGGCGGACGACUACCACUCCCACGCCAACAAAGGUACCACCAACCGACGUCUUUCAGCAAUGGUGAUGACUUGCAGUGCCACCUCUCAAGCUCUGAAACCAAACUCUGAACUUCUCCGCUCCUCCCAUGUCCAUGUCGAACAAAACACAGAGAAGAUGAGCAGGGGCGUCCCGCUCACGGACGAGGACCGCCUCCCGUGGCUGGAGUCGCUGCGCGACGCCAUCCGGGAGCGCCUAGGCCGCGGCGAGGACGUCGCCGUCAGCUGCUCGGCGCUGCGGCUCAAGUACAGGGAGGUUCUCCGGCAGGGGGACAUCAGUUACAAGCCUGGGAGCUAUGAGACCUGCAGAGUCAAGUUCGUGUGUCUAGAGGCGUCGGCGGAGGUGAUCGCCGGGAGGGUCGAGCGCAGGGCGGCGGAAGGGGGCCACUUCAUGCCGGCGAGCCUGGUGCGGAGCCAGCUCGACCUGCUGGAGAUCGACGCGGCCGAGGGGAUCACCGUCGUCGACGCCACGGUGCCCGCCCACGCCAUCGUCCAAGCCACCGUCGCCCAGUUCAGGGACGAGCUGGCCUCGACGGCGUGCUGA